AUGUUGCGCGGCCAUCUUCUACUGCUAGCAAUCGGCUGGGCUGGAGUGCUACAUGCCCUACCCAACUCGCAGAGACGAGGGAACAUCAACAAGCGCCUUCAAUUCACCUCCAAUGGUACCUUCCAACUUACCGUGUUCGAGGAUCUCCAUUACGGAGAGGCGGAGGACACCGACUGGGGCCCGGAGCAAGAUGUCGAGAGUCGCACCGUCAUCAACACCGUCCUGGACCACGAAAGUCCUCAGCUGGUUAUUCUGAAUGGCGACCUCAUCACGGGAGAAGACACCUUCCUGUCCAAUGCCACGGACUACGUCGAUGAAAUCGUGGCUCCACUCGUCCAACGAAACCUACUGUGGGCGUCCACCUACGGCAACCAUGACAGCGACUACAACCUCUCCCGCAAUGCUAUCCUGGACCGAGAGCGGACCUAUCCCAACAGUCUGACCACCAGCAUGGUUUUGGGCAAGCUGGCAGGUGUGUCGAAUUACUACUUGCCUGUGUACCACUCCGAUGCGUCCCAGAGCACCCCAGCAGUCAUCCUGUGGUUCUUCGAUAGUCGCGGAGGGAACUAUUACCGGGAGCUCGAGGGCGGGAGUGAAGUCCCUCAGCCGUGCUGGGUCGAUCAGUCGGUGGUGUCAUGGUUCGUGGAAACCAAUGCGAAUCUCACGGCGCAGUAUGGGAGAGUAGUACCUUCGCUUGCCUUUUACCAUAUUCCCGUCAACGCUAUGUUGGCCUUUCAAAACCAAGGCGUUGAGACCCAUGAAGAGCCGGGCAUCAACGCAGACGAUCCCCUCGAUCAGCAGGGAGCAGCGAGCGGGCAGGGUGAGGUCUCCGGCACUGUGUUCAGUUACUCGGGCCAGGAUAUUCCCUUCAUGGAAGCGCUGCUCAAUACCAAAGGGCUCUUGGCAACCUUCAGCGGCCAUGACCAUGGCGACGAUUGGUGCUUCAAGUGGGACUCCAAGCUUCCCGGGAUGAACCUGACCGGGAACGGUUUGAACAUGUGCUUUGGCCGCCACAGUGGCUACGGUGGAUACGGUUCGUGGACCCGAGGCGCCCGGCAGAUCCUCCUAGACGAGAGAACUCUGAGCACAGAGUUGUCCACCUGGGUCCGGUUGGAAGAUGGAUCGGUUUCGGGCAGUGUCAGUCUCAAUGCCACGUACGGUGAGGAUGCGUAUGCCGCUGUGCCAACAACGUAUACGUGA